AUGGAGGAGCUGGCAAAGGAGAGCAUUAGCUUCUUAUCAAAAUCCUCCCUAGAGACAAAUGAGCCAAGGCUGGGCUCUUUAGGAGCGGUGUUCAUCAUGCUGAAGUCAGCGCUAGGCGCCGGGCUGCUCAUCUUUCCCUGGGCGUUUGCUAAAGCUGGAGGAAUUCACUCCGCUGUCACUGUGGAAAUGAUUUCUCUUGUGUUCCUGAUAAGUGGACUGGUCAUCCUGGGCUAUUCAUCUUCAGUCAGUGGACGAAACACAUAUCAGGCUGUGGUCACAGAUAUAUGUGGUCCUGCCAUAGGCAAACUCUGUGAGAUCUGCUACGUCUUCAACCUCUUCUUCAUAUCUGUUGCUUUUUUGGUCAUAGUGGCUGACCAGCUUCACAAAUUGUGUCUUUCUAUGUAUGAGCUGAUCACAGGCCUGCCAGAAUCAGAGAUGCCAUAUCACUGGUACACAGACCAGAGGUUUGCCCUCUUUCUUCUGUGUCUCCUUUUCAUUUUCCCUCUCUCUGUCCCGAAGGAGAUCAGCAUACAAAAGUAUACCAGUGUUCUAGGAACUUUUGCUGCCGCAUAUCUGACUGUGGCCAUCGUUGUGAAAUACCACAUGAGACCCAUCCAUGAGAUCAAUCUGUCACCUCUUUACAGCAGCGGAAUAAGCUCCUGGGAUUCAGUGUUUAGCGUCAUCCCGACUAUUUGCUUUGGCUUUCAGUGUCAUGAGGCCUGUGUUGCUGUAUACAGCAGUAUGGAGAACAGAAGACUGUCACACUGGGUCUUCAUCUCGGUGUUGUCCAUGCUCAUCUGCCUGCUCAUCUACUCGCUCACAGGUGUGUUUGGGUACCUGACAUUCGGGAAGAACGUUGCUCCUGAUAUUCUGAUGUCAUACAGUGGUGGUGAUGUCACCAUGAUUGUCGCCAGGCUUCUGUUUGGAAUCUCAAUUAUCACCAUCUACCCCAUCAUCGUCCUGCUUGGAAGAUCUGUGAUCCAGGAUCCACUGCUGCGGCAGCGUCUCAAACACACAGCGGUGACUGAGUCUUAUGAGAGUCGAACCCGCGUAGCCUUAACUACAGCCUGGGUUACAGUCACUCUCCUCAUCGCAGUGUUCAUUCCAGACAUUAGCAAAGUGAUUAGCGUCGUCGGCGGAGUCAGCGCUUUCUUCAUCUUCAUAUUUCCAGGUCUUUGCCUCAUAUUUGUGGUGCAGUCAGAAUCAGUCUCUCCUACAAUGAGAUAUCUUCUGGUCACAUGGGGAAUGAUCACACUUUUGUGUGGCACCCUCAUCUUUGGACAGAGCACAUCAGUUGCCAUCAUGCAACUCAUAACUGAAGUUUAA